CCGCUUACAACGCAUGGAGAGCGCGCGUAAUCGUGUGCGUAUCGAAAUUAAUUAGGCUAAUAUCCUCUAUCUAUUUUUAUCCGCAGGCAUGUAGGGGUUGAUACAAUUAGCGUACAGAAUUUGGGAUGUAAAAACUAGAAAUGUGUUAAUUUUUAAAAUGGCAACACUUAUAGGUAGGUGGUGCCGUGCGGGCUGCGAUCUUGUCUAUUCCCAUUCGGCCCCGCCCCAAGGCUAUUUAAAUAUACCGUGACGUUUUACGUCAGAAACACACAUCGAAUAUGUUUCCUUGAUCAGUCUACGCUUGCCCUUCCACGUAAAAAAAAACAUCGUAUAUUGACACGCGUGCCGUAAAAAUAGCUGUGUUUGUUUUGUUUUGAAACGGAUGUAAAAAGGGCGCGUAAUAUAAACAUUGGUGCUUCUAUAUUCGUCGUUAUUUAUGGUAUUUGUGGUGUGGUUUCUUUGACAGUUACAGACACGAUGUCCUGUGAAAGUUUGUUUACACAUAUGACAAGAAUGUUCGCUUCUGUUUUGCAAAAGGGAGUGUGGAUAUGUCAAUGCCCUCAAAAGCUCUGCAACUUCAUCGUGCACGAGCGAUGUGUGGGACUCGUUGUUACGCCGUGCAGUGGGGUGGCGCCGAGCCUCAUCAAGAACCCAGUUGCACACUGCUGGUCAGAACCGACUCAACACAAGCGCAAGUUCUGUACCGUGUGCCGGAAGAAACUCGAUGAAUUACCAUCUCUACAUUGUAUGAUAUGCGAGUACUACGUCCACGGAGAGUGCGUGGACUUCGCGGCGGCAGACUGCAAGGAGAACGCCACGUACUGCGCGGGCAGCGAGCCACGGCAUACCCACCACUGGCGCGAGGGCAACCUGCCCGGCAACUCCAAGUGUGCGGCGUGCCGGAGGGCCUGCUGGUCCACCGAGUGUCUCACUGGCUACCGCUGCGAGUGGUGUGGCAGCACGUGCCACGCCGGGUGCCGCGCGCAAGUUCCAGAAGAAUGCAACUUCGGCAACCUGCAGCCGAUCUUCCUGCCGCCGUCGGCCGUGUCCAUCCCGCGCACCGAGGUGCCCAUGGAGGCCAUCAUCGGCGUGCACGUGCGGCCGCCGCCGUCGCAGCGGGACUUCGGCUGCCCUCGAAGCGUGAGUGAGGAAUUCAGCUCAGGCUGCGAGGGUCGCUCUGGCUCCGGAGGAGGCUCCACGGGAGCUCCCGCUGAUCAAGAUCACAAGCCUGAGCAGAAACAACACAAGGACCGCACGCCUGAUGACAGAGAGGAAGAAGUGGUGAAGGUGUACGACGGCGACGCGGCCUGGUCCCGCCGGCUGUACCGGCCCGUGGUGGUCGGCCGCAACAUGAGCGAGCGGGAGCUGGUCGCGGCCGCCCUGCGCGCCUUCCACGUGGCCCGGGAGCCCGACCACUUCGAGCUGACGGACGCUCUGGCCGGCGAGGAGCCGCCGCUCAAGGACCCCACGCCGCUCGCCAGGGUCACGCGCCUGCCCAACAAGAGACCCGCGCUCUUCUUGAGGUUUAUGGAACCCGAGAGCGGGGGCGGCGAGGUGCGGGUGUACCCGGGGCGGAUAGCGGGCGCGGGGGACGCGUUCGUCACGGUCACGUGCAACGGAGACGAGUCGGUGGCGGACUUGAUGGCGCAUGCGCUAGAUCGGUUCAGCUUGGACCCCGCGCGCGCCACGCAGGACUACCGCUGCUCCGAGAUACUGCUGGAUCGAGGAGUAUCUGAACGAGUGUUGGAGGAAGACGAGCGUCCCUGGCGCAUCCUGGUGCGGCUGGCGAGGGAGUCGGUGCGGCGCAUGGAGCUGGCGAGGUUCUACCUGCAGCCGCGGCGAGACCCCCACGGACCCACGCUGGCGCUGUUCGUCGCCUCCCUGCCUCCAGGCCUCUCCGAGAGGAACUACGAGAACAUACUCGUCGAAUUCCUUGGCACUGAGAACAAGUUUACAUCCAUCGGGCCCAUCUACUACGAGUAUGGGUCCAUGGUGAUCACUUACGAGGACGCCAGCAAGGCAGUCCGCGCGCUCUACGCGCUCAGAGAAGCCAAAUAUGAAGAUAAGCAUUUAUUAGUUAUGUUACUACCAAGUAUCGAACCCUCAAUGGUUCCUGCAGACGUGAAGCCGCUACUGGUCUUCGUGAACGUCAAAUCUGGAGGCUGCCAGGGCCUGGAACUCAUCUCAUCCUUCCGGAAACUUCUCAAUCCUUACCAAGUCUUUGAUCUCGAAAACGGCGGUCCAUUGCCAGGACUGUACGUGUUCCGGCACAUUCCCAACUACAAGAUCCUGGUGUGCGGCGGAGACGGCACUAUCGGCUGGGUGCUGCAGUGUCUGGACAACGUGGGCCAGGACUCGCAGUGCUCCAACCCUCCCUGCGCCAUCGUACCACUUGGAACUGGCAACGACUUAGCGCGAGUUCUCCGGUGGGGGUCAGGGUACACUGGAUGCGAGGACCCUCUGUCUCUGCUGCGUGAUGUCAUCGACGCGGAGGAGAUACGUCUGGAUCGGUGGACCGUGGUGUUCCAUCCCGAAGAUAAACAGGACGAACCUAAAGAAUUAUCUAAACAGCUUCCUGGUUCCCAGAGCGAGGACAACUCCCAGAUCCUGGUGAUGAACAACUACUUUGGUAUCGGUAUAGACGCUGACCUGUGUCUCGACUUCCACAACGCGAGAGAAGAGAAUCCCAACAAAUUCAACAGCAGGUUACGGAAUAAGGGUGUGUAUGUGAAGAUGGGUCUGCGCAAGAUGGUGGGUCGGAAGAUGUGUAAAGACCUGCACAAGGCUGUCAAGCUGGAGGUAGACGGGAAACCUGUCGAGCUACCCGCGGUCGAGGGCAUCAUCAUAUUAAACAUACUGAGUUGGGGCUCCGGCGCGAACCCGUGGGGUCCCGAGAAGGACGACCAGUUCAACAAACCCAACCAUUGGGACGGCAUGCUGGAGGUCGUGGGGGUCACUGGCGUGGUGCACCUCGGUCAGAUCCAGUCUGGUCUUCGCGGCGCCAUGCGCAUCGCUCAGGGAGGCCACAUAAAAAUCAACCUCAAAAGUGAGAUUCCAGUUCAAGUGGAUGGAGAACCCUGGGUUGCUGCACCGAGCGAGGUCGUCGUACUCAAGUCUGCGCUGAAGGCCACGAUGCUGAAGAAGCGCGCGCGCGUGCGGCGCCGCAGCACGGAGCCGGCGCUCCGGCCCGAGCCGGCGCCCCCGCCGCCCGCGCCGCCGGACUCCUGAAUCUGGCUCAGCGAGCGCCUCAUCUGACGCGGCCUAGGGCUCAAGGCCGCCUCCGGGCGCUCGCCGACACCAGAUCCACGCAGCACACUACCCGUAGGCGUUUUAAUAAAUAUGUAAAUAAUGAUACACAAAAUAUAUUAACUUAUAAUUGAAGAAUAAAUUUAUAGUCAUUA